GGUGAACAAUUGAAGAAAGCUUUGCGCUGGCAGCUUUACAACUGUUAAAUCACUUUUUAUUGACUGGCUUCAACCGUCUGAUUGCUCAAAACUCACGCGAGUGUUCAACAUGACGCGUUUGAUGCCUCAGCCUUCCGAAACGCCAAGUCAACGAAUGAGAAAUACGGGAGGCCAAGGCAAGCGCCACUGCUGGGAAUGCCGUCGACGAUGCUUAGUAUGUGACUCUGAAGAGCCUGGAUGCAAGAGAUGCCAUAAAUCAGGCAUACCAUGUCCAGGUUAUGGCGAGGAGAAGCCUACCAGACUGAAGUGGAUCACGCCCGGCAGAGUCGUAUCUCGUGACCAGAAACACAAGAAAACUUUACGGCGGAAGAAUCAAGACGACUAUGAGGAAAUAACAGCAGAAAUGAUAAGGGAGUUAACUCCGGUUGGAAAAUACGCGCGUAUAACAAUUCCACGCAUUGAGAUCAACGACGAAGUCCAGGUCAUCGCACAAGCCCUCGAGUACUUCAACUCUUGCAUAUACGCAGACUUAGCCCCAAUCCACGAUUUUGGCCAGAAUCCUUUUCUUUACCGGAUCUCGAUAAAGCAUCUCCAAGCUGCGCAUCUAAGCCCUGAUUAUCUGAAGUAUGGCAUGUUGUGCAUGAUUAUGAGCCACCGAAUCAACCAAACGAACAACGCCCUUCAGCUCAAACCCUUAAUGGAGAAGUUCUAUUUCUAUUGGGGCCUCGCUGUCCGAUCCCUGAAUGAGUACCUCAACAUGGAAGACAAGCGAGCCGGCAAUACAAUUAUUGCUGGAAUAUUGACACUUUUACUUGCAGACAUCCACCAAGGGAGGUCGCUUGAUUGGCGAUGCCAUUUACGCGCAAUAUACAGACUGAUUACGUUACGUGGCGGAUUCUACGUACUGUAUAAGUCAAUGAGCAUGAAGCCGUUGAUGCUAUGCUUUUGGUUUAUUGCAGUAAUUGGGGACACUACGUGUCCGGCUUCAGACCUCUUUAUGGAAAAUUUACAUGUUGAGGCUCUGAGCUUCUUACUUGAAAAAUACAGCAUCAUGGCAUCUCAAAUUCAUCUAUGCCCGAUCCAGCUGUUUCCCGAAAUCUUCAAAAUCAACCACUUGCGCAUGCAAGGUGCAAGGCCUGAUCUUUUUGACGCCAAAGCCCUCCAGGAGGUGGCUUAUGAAAUAUUGGAGCGCAUCAACUCCUUUUCGCCCCAGAAGUUGGCUGAAUCUAAACACUCAUGCCAUGAAGACUGGGUAUUAGUAGGCAAGGCGUAUCAGGCUGCUGUUGCGCUAUACUGCAUUCUGUCACUACAGAGUUUAUCAGUUCUUCCUCAGUCUUCAGCCCUGCGAAGACAAUGUGCUGAGCAUGGAGAACUAUUGCAAGUCCUUCUCAAAGAAGCACUCGCUAGCAGAAGGCUGAAGAGGUUCAUGGUUUGGCCGCUGGUUGUACUUGGAGUAGAAGCCGUUCAUGGCGGCGAGGCAAUGCGCACCUUUGUUGCUAAUCAGUUGACGGAACUUAGCCAUGACGCCGGUACCUAUGUUCCACUCACUGCAAAACGAGCUCUUGAAGAGUUUUGGAGCUCUGGAGAAACUCGCUGGGAUGAUUGUUUCGAUAGGCCGUACAUCUUCACGCUACAGAUUGCUGUGGAUACAAGCCGCCUCAUGCCGCUGUAUAAGUGAUCCUUCAGACAUCUAUUAAAAGCAACGAGAAUCUAUUAAUAAUAGGGCUAAUCAGAAUAUAUCAGAGUUUC